CGUCACGCGCGGCGUCAUUCCAGAAGAUUCGGCCGGGGCCCGUAUAUAACCGCGGAAGAGGCGGGGCCGCCGGGAUCGGCGAGCGGGCGGCGGCAGCGUUGUUUGCGGCGGAGCGACCGCGUUGGCACCCACCAUGGUGAAGGAGACGGAGUACUACGAUAUCCUGCAGGUGAAGCCCAAUGCCUCCUCCGAGGAGAUCAAGCGCGCCUACCGCAAGCUGGCGCUGAAGUACCACCCCGACAAGAACCCCAGCGAGGGCGAGCGGUUUAAACUUAUAUCCCAGGCAUAUGAAGUUCUGUCGGACCCAAAGAAAAGGGACCUCUAUGACCAGGGUGGGGAGCAGGCUAUUAAAGAAGGAGGCCUGAGUGGCGGCAGCUUCUCUUCACCCAUGGACAUCUUUGACAUGUUCUUUGGUGGUGGAGGCCGAAUGAAUAGAGAGAGAAGAGGCAAAAAUGUCGUGCACCAGUUAGGUGUAUCUCUUGAAGACCUGUAUAAUGGUGUUACAAGGAAACUGGCACUGCAAAAGAAUGUUAUUUGUGCAAAGUGUGAAGGUUAUGGCGGAAAGAGAGGGGCAGUAGAAAAAUGUCCUGUGUGUAAAGGAAGAGGGAUGCAAGUUAUAGUUCAGCAGAUUGGACCUGGCAUGGUGCAGCAAAUCCAAACUGUGUGUCCAGAAUGCAAAGGCCAAGGUGAAAGAAUAAAUCCGAAGGACAGGUGUGACAACUGCAAUGGCUGUAAGGUUGUAAGAGAGAAAAAGAUCAUAGAAGUUCAUGUUGAUAAAGGUAUGAAAGACGGUCAGAAGAUAGUAUUUCAUGGAGAAGGUGACCAGGAGCCUGAUUUGGAGCCUGGUGAUGUCAUAAUUGUGCUUGAUCAAAAGGACCACAGUGUCUUUCAGAGACGAGGGCAUGACUUAAUCACAAAAAUGAGAAUUCAACUCUCGGAGGCCUUAUGUGGUUUCAGAAAGACAAUUGAAACUCUGGACAAUAGAGUUCUUGUCAUAUCUACUAGGCCAGGUGAAGUGAUAAAACAUGGUGACCUAAAGUGUAUUUACAACGAAGGGAUGCCUGUCUACAAAUCUCCAAUGGACAAAGGCAGCCUGAUUAUACAGUUUUUGGUCCAGUUUCCAGAGCACUACUGGCUCCCAAGGGAGAAACUGUCUCUGCUGGAGGCUCUGCUUCCUUCACGAGAAGAUGUUAUGGUUACAGAUGAGAUGGAUCAGGUAGACCUUGAGGAUUUUGAUCCAAAUGAGCAAACCUACCGUAACAGUGCAGGAGAAGCGUAUGAAGAAGAUGAGGAGGGUCCAAGAACAGGAGUACAAUGUCAGACAUCUUAAAGCAAGGUGGAGUGGAUAUCAUCUAAGAUGUAAAUUUUCACAAUGAAAACUGCAUGGCUGUAAUAGCCACUGCUUGUGGUUUUUGUGUUCAGCAAAUUGAGUUGCUGCGCUGUCAGUAUCACCUUUUUGUAACUAAUUUAUAUUGUGUUCUUGUAGUCUUUCUAUAUAAAGCAAAUGUCAUACAGCUGAGAACCAGCUGAGUUGGUAUGCAUUUUCCUUGCUGUGAAGGUUCUCAAUUUAUUUCACCUGUGCUAUUUCUCUAAGACUUCAGCAAUAUCGAUAGAGGCUAAGUGGAGUGUCUUAUGUAAAUACUUUCAUACUGGAAAUUUCAGAGAAUAAAACAUAGCAGAAUAACUUCUAAUAAAUAGUACUUCACCUUU